UGGCGCUGCAACCAAACUAUGAUUUCGGUGAGGCUCAAGCCCCCGGAGGGAGAGACCUGGAGAGAGAGAGGGAGGGGGAGAGAAAGGGGAGAGCUGUUUCCUCUCCCUGUGUUUCUGCUGUGCACAGCGGACUAUCUCCUCUUUCUCGCAGUGUGCUGAGCCUAGAUGCGGCAGGUGUGUGUGUAAACCGAAGCUUUUCUCACUUUGACCACCUGACCGACAGAAUCUGGAUUCUAAUGCAUAUCGGCUGCGCACAGAGUCCAUUUCGGCUGUGAGGAUGUUGCAGUGAUAGUAGAGCAUCUUCUCCGCUGUAUCGCGCCCAGCCGGCAUCGUCAGCUGUUGCUCUAGGAAGAGAGUGGAAGAGUGGGGAGCAACAGAAAAGGCCAAACUAUGCGACUGAUUUACAAUCCGUAACCGUUUCCACCCUAAGUCGACCGGGGAGCGGAUGCGAGCAGAGGUUGCCAGCGAGCCUCUAAGUAUUUUCUGCUCUUUGUCGGUACCGGAGGAGCUGUGCCAAUGGAGAAAGCGACUCCACCGCCCCAGCCUGGGCUUCAGCUCUCGAUAGCGAAGACUGAAAGUCCAGCAGAGGACAUCUCCGGUCUGACUGACGAGGAACUGCUCAAGUGGACCAAGGAGGAUCUGGUGCGCCGACUCAGGCGGUCUGAGGCCGACAAGAUGAGCGUGAUUCUGGACCACGGGAAUCUCAUCCGGGAGGUCAAUCGUAGCCUCCAGCUGCACUUAAACGAAAUCAGGGGGCUGAAGGACAUUAACCAGAAGCUGCAGGAGGACAAUCGUGAGCUGCGGGACUUGUGCUGCUUCUUAGAUGAUGAUCGUCAAAAAGGAAAGCGUGUGUCCAGAGAGUGGCAGCGUCUCGGACGUUACAGUGCCAGCAUAAUGCGUAAAGAGGUGACCCUCUACCUCCAGAAACUCAAGGAGCUAGAGCUUCGACAAGAAGAGGUAAUCCGGGAGAACCUGGAGCUGAAGGAGCUCUGUCUUCUACUGGAUGAAGAAAAGGGGGUAGUAGGUGGUGGAGGUGGCAUUGGAGGAAGUGGAGGUGGAGGCAGUGUGGGAAUGGGAGGGUGCCGUAACUCCAUAGACAGCCAGAAUAGCUUGCUGCUAGUGCCUGGCCAGGGGUUGCUAAUGAGAGACGUAGGGGAUGGAAGCAGCACUUCCAGUGCAGGGAGUGCUGACAGCUCUGAUCACCUUCACCAUAAACAGCCUCACCUGGCUGCAGGAGUGGGUGGGGUUGGCAGUGGUGGGGAAAAAGGAAGCCCUGAGCUUCUACAUAAACCCAGGUGUAGCAGCAUCAGUGGAAUAGGAGGUGUAAUUGGAGGAGACAGGGAGGUGUCCAGUCCUGAUCACCCAGCUGGGCGCCAUCGGAGUACAAGCCUGGAGUACCCAUACACCCUCCCUCAGCUCUGCCGGCCCCGCUGUGGCUCUAUAUCUGUGCCUGACCAUAGUCGGGUCAUGCGGGGCCUUAGUCCCGAAAAAUAUGGAAGGAACGUGGGCCACCGAAGUCCGGAGCAGCACCCCAAGCACCACAGCUCUGACCUCGUCCUGGGCCAGAGGCAGCACUUCCUAGGUCAGGGAGGCACCGGGGAGCUCUAUCAGCGGCACAACAGGAGCAGCAUAAGUAGUACAGGAUGCGGAAGCCCAGAGCCCCGGCAGGCACAUUUGGGGACUGGAGAGCACCAUGAAAAGGGCUGUUUCAUCCAGGGGGGCAGCCCGGAAACUCACAGGCACCAGUACAGCAUGAGCCCUGACCAUGUGAAGUUUGGCAGCCCAGUGAGAGAAGGGCAGAGGAGGCCGGCUGGAGACGAGCUGUCACCACAUCAUCGGAGCAUCUAUAAUGGCAUGAAUGCUUUGACGCUUCCUCUUGACCCCAACUUGGCGACCCACGCCUCUCAAAGGGAGGACGGGUUGCAGUGAGACAGCCCUCCUGCAUCUCAGGCCUUGAGGGACACAAGCACCCCUGGAUGCCACCUUCCACAGCUCCGGAUGGUCUGUAGUCCACGGCCUCAUCCAUUUGCUACAGCCGUUAAACAGCCUGCCUCCAUGUUUUCAUUUCUACAUAUCGAGAGUUUGAGCAGACAGGGGUGGGAGUUUUUUCUUUUUUUUCUUGAAUGAUAUCAGUUUAGUUGGUAAAAACUUGUGAUGACUGCUACACCUAAAUGGAAAUCUCUCCCGGCCAACCAAGACAUGGCUACCUCCUGGAGAGCACCCAGAGAGAAAGUGAGAGAGGCUGUGGAUUGGUGUGAGUAGAUGAAAAGGACUUUGCACUGUAUGUGCUGCUACUCUCUGUUUACAAAUGCAGAUCACUGGUGGAGAAGCACAUAGACCUUUCUAUAUCCUGCUGUUAAAAAACUUAUUUUCCUACACUCUCCCAUUUUUUUCUGCUCCCGCCUCCCCCCGCUGUCAUCGUUAGAAGUGAUCUUCAGUAUGUGUAAUGAGACUGGUGUAAUCUAAUGCUCUGUCUCUCAAUCUACAAAUCCAGAUGAUCACAUGAUUGCCAUCGUCUCCUCUCUCAUUCAUACUAAAAAUUCAGAACUCUUUCAGCCAUUUCAACUGACGGUAAAAAUAAGACAAAAUUGUAUAUGUCAAAGAUGUUCUAGCAAAGAAAAAAAACACAUCCUCUUCCUGUGUCUUAAACCAAGAUGGUCAACAUUACUAGCUGCUGACAGAUGUUCUUAUUCUAUGAGAUGCAAUGUUCAGGUGUAAUUUUUCUUUUUGUAUUAUCUUCUUUGCUCCCUCAAAGCGCCUAUAUUUAAGCUGGGGAGAAGAUUAUACAUUUCUCCAUGUUGUUUUUUUUUACAAGUCCAAGUAAAAAGUAGAUUAUUGGAUUAGUUUUCUAUAUAUCUAUAUAUAUAAAUACUAUAUGACUAUUAUUUUUGACUUACUGGU